CUCUGUGAAUCGCAGGAGCGGCUUUGUGCGUUUCUUUUUGUGUGAGGCAGAGAGGCUCGGCGCUGCUCUCCUCCAAGGGCUUCUCACACUUUCUCUCAUACACAGACGUCAGCGUGCUCGCAUCCACACGCUCGCUUCACAGACAGCAGGGCUUCCGCCAUCCCAGACGCUGUCUGUUGCUCCGUCUGGGGGACGACAGAAAGAGAAUAGGGAUUUUAUCCUGGAUUGAAUCGGCAUGCGUCCACCGAGCCAGGCAUCAUCCCAAGGUUGAGCGGAGCGCGACCGUUGCAUCAGGAAGCAGGGAGGGAUGGAUCACGGGGAACAGGAAAGCAGGACGUGGAGCUGAGGUUCCAUUUUUUUUUUUAAAGGAUGCUGUCUGGUUCACGACAGGACCGUUAAGAGUUUAGUUGACGGAUCUGCUGCUCCUGCGCUGUAGUAGAUGGAGUGUGCAUGCUGUAGGAGAGGGCUGUGAUUCAGACACACAAAGCCCUUUAACAUGUGCCUCACUGAGGAUGUGCAGUGAUUUUUACUUGGCACAAUUGUAUCUGAGGUCAACUCUUCUCUAGACCCACUCACACCUCAGGUUUGACUUUCAAACUUUUAAGUAUUUGCGUUCUUCCGCUUCAGCACCGAAGGAUUUAAGACCAGUUUUGCGACGCUGCAUCCGGAAUGCAAAACUGCUGAAAUAUCGCCCUCCAUGGUUUCUGCCCGUUUCAAAAAGCUAUCGUCUUACAUCGUAAAGAUUUGCAAAGGAAUGUUUACAAAGAAACUGGCAAAUACUACGAAGAAGAAAGAGAGCCGCGAAAACAAAAAAGAACCUAAAACCUCCCCCGAGCUGCACGCACGGAACCCAACAUUGUCCACCACAUUGAAAAGCACAGUUAAAAAGAUCUCCAAAUGUUCAUCGGCACGCAAUAUAUCUCUUGAGGAGGACGAUGGACAAAACGACUGUUCCUCUCUCUCACCGACAUUUAGUUACCGCGUAGCGAUUGCAAACGGACUGCCAAGAAAUGCCCUCUUUCUGAACAAUAAUGAAUUUCAUGAGGUCUUGUCAAUUGAUAGCAAUUACUUUGACUCUCUGAACGAGGCGAAACUUGUCCAUAGAUUCGAUGAACAAAAAGCUUACACGAUGCCAGUAAGAAGGAAUAGGAAGAGUUUGAUUAGUUUGGCGCCCUCCGAUGGAAGCUCAGAGGGAGAGCGGGGAGAACGUAGCAGUCUUCACACACUUCGAUUGGGAGCUCUGAAAAAGUUGAGAAAAUGGAAGAAGAGCCAGGAAUGCGUGUCUUCAGAUUCAGAAGCUAGCAAUUGGAGAAAGACUCUUGGAAUCAGAAGCAAAUCUCUGGACCGAGCUGGGCGGCAACAGAAGACCACUACCCUGGAGCCAGGAUCUAGCUCGACGGGAUGUAUCAGUCAGACUCAGGAUGUGAUGGAAAUGAUCUUUAAAGAACUUCAGGGAAUCAGUCAGAUCGAGACAGAGCUCUCAGAACUGCGAGGGCACGUCAACGCCCUCAAAAGCUCCAUCGACGAAAUCUCCAGCAGCGUCGAGGUGGUGCAGAGUGAAAUUGAGCAGCUGCGUUCGGGAUUCGUUCAGUCUAGACGUGAGACUCGAGACAUCCACGACUACAUCAGACAGAUUAGCCACCAGACCAACAAAGCUGCUCUGAGAUUUCUAAAUGUGCCUGAGCAGAAGUAUGAAAAAACCGAAGAGCUUAUUUUUCAAAUUCUGAAAGAGAAAAUGGGUUUUGCAGAGGCACGCAAGACAUUUAAAAUUGAACUCGCCCAUCGACUAGGGCAACAACGAGAAUGUUACAAUGCUAAACCCCGACCCAUUGUUGUUAUAUUUUCAAGCCCGCAAGAUAGAGAUUUAGUUUUGAAAAAAUGUUAUAAGCUAAAAGGGACAGGCGUAUCAAUUUCAACUGAUAGUCUGGCACAUGAUUCGAAAGAAAGGAAAGACAAGGCAAUCGCCUCCUCUCAGACGUAUGAAAGCAUGGACAUCAAGGUUUCAACUAAAGACAAGGCUGAAAGCGAUGACUGGGACUCCAUGGAAAGUGACAAAGAGCUAGAUGAAUUAAGUAAGAACAAAUAUGCAAUUGUGUCCAAACCACCUCAAAAAAGUAAAUCGGACAAGAAAAAGUCUCAUGAUCACCGGCGGCUUGCCGAUGACACUCCGUACUCUGUCCACUACGCUGAUAAUGCGGCAUACGAUGACCCAGAGAAGCAAAGCAAGUCCUACUAUUCUGACAUAACAUCUGGAUGGCUUUCCCAGAGCGACUACUCUACACCCAAACUCAGUCGGUCCGAAUCUGACUGUUCCAAACUUUGCCAGUCAUAUUCCGAGGACUUCUCAGAAAGUCAGUACUUCACCAGAGUCAACGGCUGCUCCCUGCUCUCAUCCUCAGAUCAGGAACUUUGGCAGAGGAAGCAAGAAGACAUGGCGUCCUCCUGGUACGCUAGUCCUGCCAGUCAAACUUUGAGCCAAGAUCAACCUUACGUGGAACAUAAUGAAGUCGAAACCACUGAGACUAUUGACAGCGGUGUAAGUAAUGGUCUGGUUUGUGUUUCAGGGGACAGGAGCCAUUACAGUGGCUCUCAACUGUCUCUGCAAGGUGAUCUCUCACCGUGGAAAGAUUGGCAUCACCUUGAGCAAGGUGCUGAUUCAGGUUUGGAUGCUUCCACUGAACAAAACAUAAUCUCUGAGAUCAGUAGCCCCUUCGACCCUGCAGCCAACCCUGGAUUCCCUGAGAAAAUUACAAAAUGUUUAGAGGUCGAUUUGCAGUUUGAAGGCGAAACCUUUUUUACUUUAGAUAGCACACCCGAGACGGCACAAGACCAAGAUAUAGAUAUAGAACAUGAGCUUAUUCUCGAACCUGAGUUGGAGCCAGAACCAGAACAAAUACUAGAGCCUGAACCAGAGCCGGAGGUUGUAAUCGAACCCAUAGCAAAACCAGUAUCGGUACCUGUUGCUGAACCACAACCAGAAAAGAAGCCAAAGACCAAAAAGGUCACAGCUAAACCUGAAUCUGCUCCACAAACGCUGAAACGACAAGAGGUUAACCACCUCCAGCAGAACCAGAAAACCUCAGCCAUGUAUCGUAGCCAGAGUGAGAUUAGAAAUGAGAAAGUGGAGGAGGUACCUAAAUCCUGGAGCAGCAGGCUCAGCAUAGACCUCAGUGAAAAAACGUUUGGCUUUGGAGGAUUUGGAUCCACCCUGCAGAGAGCCAAGUCGGCUUUGGAUUUUGUGUGGAAUAAAAGUUCCCAACCCACCAACCCCCCGGUCGAAGAACCAAGCAACACCUCAUUCAUGGGCAGGUUCAGAACCACGUCCCAGUCCACAGCCAACAGCUCAAGCACAACUAUCGACUCUGACGUCUACACAGAACCUUUCUAUUACAAAGCAGACGAGGAAGAACAAGCUACUGAGCAACCGGUGGACAAUGAGACUCAUUAUGUGGAGGUGAUGGAGCAAGUGCUAGCUAAUCUGGAGAACAGAACAAAUGCAAAUGAGGUCGAGGAGCAGUAUCAGGAGGAAGAGUACGACGUCUCCCAAGAGGGGAACCCUGUACUGGAAUACGACUGCAGCCUUGAUGAGCAAUUCGAUGAGGAAUAUAGCGAGGAAUAUGAUGACAAUCCGUUGACCGAGGAUACAGAAGAGUAUGAAGUGAGUAUGGUGGAGUACGUUGAAGAAACCGAGGAACAAGAAGCCGAACCUGAGGAACAGGAGGAGGGUAAGGAGGAAACGAAGGAGGUUCAAGAAAUGACAGAAACGAAAGGAGAAGAUGAGGUAAAAGAGACUGUAGAACAAGAAGAUGAGAACAAAAAUCUUACAGAGGUUCCUGUCCAGGAAAAACCACCUCCCAAAAAAAGGAUACGACCCACCUUCAAAGAAGCAGCGUUGAGGGCCUACAGAAAGCAGAUGGCAGAAUUAGAACAGCAGAUCUUGGCUGGAGACAGCAGCGCUCUGGAUACAGAGGGUUGUGUUAACAUUCUGGAUCCAGCCAAACUGACAGGUGGAGGGGUUGGCAGCAUACUUUACGGCAUUGACAGUAUGCCAGAUUUACGCCGCAAGAGGACCAUGCCUAUUGUCCGAGACCUGACUUUGGCUGCUCGAAAGGCAGGCAUUGCGUUUGGCCUCGUGAACAGAUCGACUUUAAACAACGAGGAGCUGAAACUGCAUGUGCUCCGAAAGACCCUUCAGGCAUUGAUCUACCCAAUCUCCUCCACGACACCUCAUAAUUUCGAGGUGUGGACGGCCACUGCACCCACUUACUGUCAUGAAUGUGAGGGUCUGCUGUGGGGCAUCGCUCGGCAGGGCAUGCGCUGCACGGAGUGUGGGGUGAAAUGCCAUGAGAAAUGUCAAGAUCUCCUAAACGCAGACUGCCUUCAACGUGCGGUGGAGAAGAGCUCUAAACAUGGAGCCGAGGACAAAACCCAAAACAUCAUCAUGGCCAUGAAGGAACGAAUGAAAAUCAGGGAGAAGAACCGACCCGAGGUGUUUGAGGUAAUCGAGGAGAUGUUUCAGCUCUCGAAGGAAGACUUCACGACACAUCUGAAAACAGCCAAACAUGCCGUGCUGGAGGGGACGUCCAAAUGGUCGGCAAAAAUCACCAUCACAGUUUUAUGUGCUCAAGGUUUACAAGCCAAAGACAAGACCGGCUCCAGCGACCCCUAUGUCACAGUGCAGGUGGGAAAGACCAAGCGCAGAACCAAAACUGUCUUCGGCAACCUCAACCCCGUCUGGGACGAGAAGUUCUUCUUCGAGUGUCACAACGCCACAGACCGUAUCAAAGUGCGUGUGUGGGAUGAAGAUGAUGAUAUAAAGUCCAGAGUGAAGCAGCACUUUAAGAAGGAAUCGGAUGAUUUCCUGGGUCAAACCAUCAUUGAGGUGCGAAUGCUGAGCGGAGAAAUGGACGUCUGGUACAAUCUCGAGAAGCGGACAGAUAAGUCGAUGGUGUCUGGGGCGAUCAGGCUGAAGAUCAGUGUGGAGAUGAAGGGGGAAGAGAAAGUAGCUCCUCCUCACGGCCAGUACACAUGUUUACACGAGAAUCUCUUCCACUUCCUGACGGAGGUGAAAAACGGUGGAGUUGUGAAGAUCCCACAGGUUAAAGGUGAUGAUGCCUGGAAGGUUUACUUUGACGACGUGUCGCAGGAGAUUGUGGAUGAGUUCGCCAUGCGUUUUGGCGUGGAGUCUAUUUACCAGGCCAUGACUCAUUUCUCAUGCCUGUCCUCUAAGUACAUGUGUCCCGGCGUCCCGGCCGUGAUGAGUAACCUGCUUGCCAACAUCAACGCCUAUUUCGCUCACACCACCACUGCAACCACCAACAUCUCGGCCACGGACCGAUUCGCCGCAUCCAACUUCGGAAGGGAGAAGUUUGUGAAACUCCUGGAUCAGCUUCAUAACUCUUUAAGGAUUGACCUCUCCAAAUACCGGGAUAACUUCCCAGCUGGAAAUCCAGAGAGACUCCUGGACCUCAAAUCCACAGUCGACCUGUUAACCAGCAUCACCUUUUUCAGGAUGAAGGUACAAGAGUUGCAGAAUCCUCCCAGGGCCAGUGCAGUAGUUAAGGAUUGUGUUAAAGCAUGUCUGGAUUCAACAUACAAGUACAUUUUUGACAACUGUCAUGAACUCUACAACCAGCUACUGGAUCAGGCAAAGAAGCAGGAUUUACCACGGGAGGAACAGGGUCCGUCUAUUAAGAACCUGGAUUUCUGGCCCAAACUCAUCACUUUGAUGGUGUCUGUAAUCGAUGAAGACAGAACAGCUUACACACCCAUCAUUAACCAGUUCCCUCAAGAGCUGAAUAUGGGUAAAAUAAGUGCUGAAAUCAUGUGGAACCUCUUUGCCAUGGAUAUGAAGUAUGCAAUGGAAGAACACGAUAAGCAUCGUCUAUGCAAGAGCACUGAGUACAUGAAUUUACACUUCAAAGUGAAAUGGUUCCACAAUGAAUAUGUCCGGGAUCUGCCUGCCUUUAAGGGAAUUCCUCCUGAAUAUUCCCUGUGGUUUGAACCGUUUGUGAUCCAGUGGUUGGAUGAAAAUGAAGAUGUAGCCAUGGAUUUCGUCAACGGAGCCCUUGAGAGAGAUAAGAAAGAUGGGUUCCAGCAGACAUCUGAACACGCUCUCUUCUCUUGCUCGGUGGUGGAUGUGUUCACACAGUUGAAUCAAAGCUUUGAGAUCAUUAAGAAGCUGGAGUGUCCAAAUCCUCAAGCUCUUGCUCACUUCAUGCGGAGAUUUGCGAAGACCAUAAAUAAAGUCCUCCUCCAGUAUGCAGCCAUCAUCACAAAAGACUUCAGCAAUCAUCUGAACAAGGAUAAAGUGCCCUGUAUCCUCCUCAACAACAUUCAGCAACUCCGAGUUCAGCUGGAGAAAAUGUUUGAAUCCAUGGGAGGAAAACAGGAGGAAGGUUCUGUGGUCUUCUGCAAGCUGGAUGCUGAGGCGAGCGGUCUACUCAAAGAGCUGCAGAAUAAACUUAACACGGUGCUGGAUGAGCUCAGCGGAGUCUUCGGCUCCAGUUUUAAGCCCGUCAUUGAGGACUGUGUCAAACAAAUGAACCAGGAGCUGAACCAGAUGAAAGGAAACGCAGGGAACAAAAGUAACGCAGCUAUGGAUGCAGAAACUGUCCUGAGACCUCUCAUGGAUCUGCUUGACAAGAAUUUAAUAUUGUUUGCUAAGAUCUGUGAGAAAACGGUCCUCAAGCGAGUUCUGAAGGAGCUGUGGAAAAUAGUGCUCAACACCAUCGAACGACAGAUUGUUCUUCCUCCCCUCUCAGAUCAAACACAAGGAGCUCAGAUGCUCUUCAGUGCUGCCAAGGAUCUUGGUCAGUUAUCCAAACUGAAGGAACAUGUGACUCGAGAGGAUGCUCGUAGUCUGAGUCCUCGGCAGUGUGCCGCCAUGGAUCUAGUGCUGCCCACCAUCAAGCAAUAUUUCCAUGCGGGAGGGAACGGCUUGAAGAAAACCUUCUUGGAGAAGAGUCCUGAACUUAAGUCCUUGAAAUACGCCCUGAGCCUUUACACGCAACCCACAGAUGCCUUGAUCAAGAAAUAUAUAUGCACCCAACUAUCUCAAGGUCAGUCAACGUCUGGAUCAUUCGGGGAGGUGGCAGUCCAGGUGGAUCUGAUCUCUCACCCCGGCACAGGAGAGCACAAAGUCAGCGUUAAAGUGGUGGGUGUGAACAACAUGAACUGGCAGACCAAUGCCAUGUUCCGCCCAUUCGUGGAGAUCAACGCUAUUGGACCGCACCUGGCUGACAAGAAACGAAAGUUUAGCACCAAAACUAAGAACAACAACUGGUCUCCAAAAUACAAUGAAACAUUCCAGUACGUGCUGAGUAAUGAGCACGGCCCUGAGGCCUACGAGCUUCACAUUUCCGUGAAGGACUAUUGCUUCGCCCGAGAGGAUCGCAUCAUCGGCAUGACGGUCCUGCAGCUCCGGGAACUGGCGGAGAAAGGCAACGUGAACGCCAGCUAUCCGCUCGUCAGAAACAUUACGAUGGACGAAACCGGCCUGACCAUCAUGAGAAUACUGUCACAAAGGACCAACGACGAAGUGGCCAAAGAGUUUGUGCGUCUCAAAACGGACACGCGCUCAGCCGAGGAAGUAUCGUGAAGAGAUUCGUUGGGGAAACGAUAUGGCGACAGGCGGUUGUGUUUGUUUUUGUGCAUGUGUGUAAAACAUCUGUUGGAAUGUUCAUUUUAAACUACAAGUACGUACAAAGUGUUUACCUACCGUAUGCUCUCUCUAUCAAAUAUUAUAUUCUACAAAGUUACGUUCAAGAGACGUUGAAUACAGUUUUGUAUGACGAUUAGUCUUUUUGAACAGAUAUUGUAUUUGUUCAGAUAAAGUGCCAAACUUGAUGAGUUUAAGAAAAAAAAAUCUAUAGUCUAAAUACAAAUGCGUCUGAAUUAUUGGUGAAGUCUUUCUAAAUUUGCUCGAUUCUUUUGUCCGGUGUGCGUCAUCCUCUCUUUAAAUGUGUAGCGGUUUUCCUUUGUUUUCCGUUUCCUUUUUUUUCUUAUUGUUUUGCUUCCAUCAAGACAGCACUCGUGGUCUCGUUUUCUUGGUGACGUCUCUCCUCCCAUGUGUUCACAGUCACUAUGGGCAUCAGGUCGGAUUCUCACCCUUACAACGUUUUGUAUUUUAAGCCAAGACCAUUUUUUAAAUGGCGAUGACUGCUACGAAUCUCUUCAUAAGUGUUUGUAAUUUUAUAGCUGUUGACAACAUGAUAAACACCUUGUGUGCUGCCGGUCCGGGCAGAGAGGGGUGAAACGAUCUUUAUCGUUUGUUUAUUCGUAUGUUUAUUUACUUUAGGUUUUGUUUUUAUAACAGGCUUCCAGCCUUUCUGAAUUAUCACUGUGAAAAUGGGCUCUGAAAGGCAAAGCUUACGUCACAUUUGCUGAAUCUUUCAUAUCAUCAUUCAUUUAUUUUUAACAGUGUUUAUUUUGAAAAAAUAAAAA